UGCCCCCAAAUAACUGGUCUUCCGGAUUUCCUAGUGGACGACUGUUUCAUUGCUCAACUCACGUUUGUGGCAUCAUUCAUCUGUUUGCACAGUCGUCAUGGAUCCCAAACGAACUGUUUCAGAGGGAGAGGAAUUAUCCUCAUCGAAUCCAUCCAAAAAACAGAGAAGAGCUAACUGGACGAGCCGGGAAAUUUGGAUGCUUUUGGAAGAGGUGAAGCUGGAAAGAGAGUGCAUUAUGUGCCCACAGACAAAUGAAACCUCCAAUAAGAAAAAAGCGGUGACAUGGCAGAAGAUAGCUGACCGAUUGACCGCAACUUGUGGUGUUGACAUACGGACAGCGCAGAAUGUAAGAGAAAAGUGGGGGUUCCUUAAAUCUGAUGCCCAGAGCCGCAGGCACAAACAAAAGACCUUAGGUGGGGGUGCAGUGAAAGAAAGUGAAUAUGAUAACAUGAUUCUGGAGAUAAUUGGUGAAGACUCUGCCCUCAUAGAUGGCAUAAAUGUUGAAGGAACAGAGACCUUUAUUCUGCAAACAAAGAUGAAUUGUUCAGCUGAACCUUUAGUGUUGCUUGCAAAAAACAAUGCACCAGUCCAUGAAGAAAAUAUUCCACAGCCACAAGAGGACAUUCCAUUGACCCCAAGCUUCACAGAAAGAGUUCUGGACUUGGAACAUGAUGUUUCACAGAUUUCGAAAGGUAAAAAAAAUGAGAAGAAGAGUGUGCUACAGUAUCCAUUUGCAGAAAGUUCCCUCAUGGAAGAAUUCCUUAAAUCAGAAAUUGAACGGAACAAGUCGAUUGUUGAACUUAACAAGCUCAAAGCCGAAAAGCUAAAGCUAGAGAUUGAAAGGCUUAAAGGAAACCAGUCAAACCUAGACACCUGCCAGUACACUUGACAUUAUAUUUUCUAUAUAAAAAAUUAUUUUUGUUCCAUUUGUGACUGCGUUUUGACAAUGAAAUGUUAAGGUAUGAAUGUCCAGGAGUGAAUUAUUUUGUUCACAAUGAAGCAAUAUAGAAACUGAGAAAUGUACAUGGGCACAGAGGACAUUUACAUGAGCUGCAUAUUGAUUAAUGGAAGUUGAAUGACCAAGUGGUUAGAACACCAGCAUCCUAAAUGGCUGGUUUGAUAUCCAUGUGAUGCAAAUGUACUUUCCUUAGAAGACCCUGCUGUAAAGUAAGUGUCUGGGGAAGGAAAAGCAAGGAGACAGGAGGAGACAGGCACCACCAUUACAAAAGGGAUGGCCCUCAAGAUAAGUGCAAUCUCUAAUACCUCACUCUUCAAAGACCAGUGGGUUAGCAGACUACCUUUGCUGUUUGACAAUGACAAUUCUUUAUUUACGAGAGGGAAAUAAGCAAGAUUUUACAUUGAUUAGGCACAUGCUCUUGCAUAGCUACUUGCAAACGUUUUGAGAAAUAAACGGAUAUGUCAGCUA